UUAUUUGAAUUUAAAGAAGAAUUAGGAAGAGGCGCUUUUUCAGUUGUAUAUCUUGGUGUUAAUAGACAAACUAAACAAAAAUAUGCCAUCAAGGUUAUUAAUAAAUCAGAAUUAGGUUCAGAUUAUGAAAAGAAUUUAAAAAUGGAAGUCGACAUUUUAAAGAAAGUUAAUCAUCCAAAUAUUAUUGCCUUAAAAGAAUUAUUUGAUACUCCACAAAAAUUAUAUCUUGUUAUGGAACUUGUUACAGGUGGUGAAUUAUUUGAUAAAAUUGUCGAAAAAGGUUCAUAUUCAGAACUUGAUGCUGCCAAUUUAAUUAGAAAGAUCGUUUCAGCUGUUAAAUACCUUCAUUCAUCAAAUAUUGUCCAUAGAGAUUUAAAACCAGAAAAUUUACUCUUAAAAUCAAAAGAAAAUGACUUGGAAGUUGCAAUUGCUGAUUUUGGUUUAUCAAAAAUUAUUGGUCAAAGUGUUGUUAUGGCUACAGCUUGUGGUACACCAAGUUAUGUUGCACCAGAAGUUCUUAAUGCAACCGGUUAUGAUAAAGAAGUCGAUAUGUGGAGUAUUGGUGUUAUCACCUAUAUUUUACUUUGCGGUUUCCCACCAUUCUAUGGUGACACUGUUCCAGAAAUUUUCGAACAAAUUAUGGAAGCCAAUUUCGAUUAUCCAGAAGAGUACUGGGGUUCAAUCUCCAAACCUGCAAAAGAUUUUAUUAAUAAAUUAUUGGUUGUAGAUGUAACUAAGAGACUUUCUGCUGAAGACGCCCUCACACAUCCAUGGUUAAAUAAUAGUGCUCCAAAUACUAUCAUUAAUACUAAAGAUAAAAUGAAAGAAUAUGUAGCUGAAAGACAAAAAACUCAACAAAAAUUACAAAUCUAA